AUGAUGGUCAACGAAUGUGGCCAUCCACUUUGCAGAAAUUGUGUCGAAAACCUUUUUGCUCGAAAUACUGGACCUUGCCAUGUUUGCGGUAAAACAUUGAGGAAGAAUAACUUUUGGGAGCAGGUUUUUGAUGAUCCUCUUAUUGAAAAAGAGACACAUAUUAGACGACGCCUCAGAAAGAUUUACAAUCUGAAGAAAGAUGAUUUUCCUUCCUUACGGGAGUUCAAUGAUUACCUAGAAAGGUUUGAAUGCAUCGUUUGUAAUCUUGCAUUUGGCAUAGAUGUUGAAGAUACUGAAGCUGAAAUCGCUGCGUUCAAGGAGGCAAAUGCUGAGUUGAUAGAGAAGAACAAGAAGAAGAUGGAUGAGGAUCAGAUGUGGAUCAUGCAGAAUCUCAAAGAGGAUCGUGACAUGAAGGCUCGUGUUGAUCAGGCACAUAAUCAAGAGAACAAAGAAGUGGAAAGAUCUGCGGUGAAGGAUACGAAAGCUAUCAUGGAAGAAUUACGUGAGUCUAAUGUCCCUGCUGAGGUAAUUCUCGAUAGGGAGAGAAAACGGCAAAUUGAGCAAGAGCUUGAAGAGAAGGAGGAAGCAGCACGAAGGAAGAAGCGCAAUAAGGAAAUUCUGCAAGAUCGGAAGAGAAUGGCGGAAUCGAUGUCGUUUUCCACUUCACAACGUGUAUCUGGGAGAGCCUUUGAGUAUAAACCACCACGAUUACUUAUUAAUGGACCACCACUACCUUCCAAAGAAGAACUCGAGUCGAAAGGAUAUUUGCAACACAUCCGUGCAGCUAGUUUGGCUCGCGUGGCUGGAGGAUUCACUACGCACACUGGUUGUCUUCGUGCGCUGUUCGAUAGCCGCAUGACGGAGCCUUUAGAUUUAUCGCUCGCCUAUCAGAAUAUAUCUGUGUUCUACAGUGGAGUGAACAAUGAGGAAGCUGCGGCAUGGCUCAAUAGUAUACAAAGUUCGAUAAACGCGUGGACCCUCUGUGAUCGGAUUCUGUGUGAGCGUCGUGAUCCACUCGCGUGCUGCUUUGCUGCGCAAACUCUUCGCCAAAAAAUUCUAAAAUCACUUGCUGAACUCCCUAGAGAAUCAUGCCUAUCGCUAAGGGAGUCACUGAUUACACAUCUGAGUCACAUUGAUGUCUCAUGUCAUGACCAAGUGGCUGAUGCGACGGCUACUCAACUUUGUCUUGCAUUAGCCGAUCUGUACAUUCAAGUACCUGAAUGGAAUAAUUGGGUUGCUGAGUUGUUGAAUCGGUUUUCUGCUUUAGAAGGGGAUAGAACGAGAAUGUUGUUGACUUUACUACGAGUCUUCCCAGAAGAAGUUCAAUAUUCAAAAGUUGGUGAAAAUCGUCGCAACGAAAUACGAAACGAACUUGCAGCGAGUGGAGCUAGCGUCUUCUCCUAUUUGUCUCAAGUACUGGAAGGCUAUGCAUCUGAUCAGGAUAUGAUCAAGAAGGUCCUUUUGUGUAUGUCGUGCUAUCUGCAGAAUCCUGCCCUUUCUACAGAUUUCUUGGCUUCAAGUCCGCUUCUGUCUACCGUUUUCCAGAUUCUUGCAGCUCCGAACGUUCCAAGUUGUCUGCACGACGCUGCCACUGAAUGUAUCGUGUCGGCCCUGAUACGUGCUGAAGACUACCAAACUCACCAAGCUCUGGCGAUGAAUCUGCAAACAGCUGUAUAUCAGCUUCACGACGCUUUUAACAGUGCCGUAGCAUUAGAAGAUAUGGAUAAACUGCAAAAUUUUGCGCGAGUAUUUGUGGAGCUUGCCGAAUCGUUUAUUGAGAAGCUUGUGAAUGAUGGAAGCGACAAUCCUAAUAAUCUUGGCAGCAUCCAUACUCUUGAACUUCUCCUGCUACUUGCUGGUCAUCACGAUUAUUCGUUGAUCGAAAUGACAUUCAACAUUUGGUACCGUCUAUCUGAGGGGUUGUUCAGCUUUGAAGAUGAUCGUCAUAUUGAAAAAUUCAAGCCAUAUGUGCAAAGGUAUCUGACUGCACUUUAUCGUCACUGCCGCUACGACACUGAAGAGGAGGGGGUUCCAGAUCGCGAUGGAGAUUUUGCUGAUUUUAGAUUGAAGGUAGUAGAGACUGUACGAGACGUAGUUUUCAUUAUUGGAACGGAGUCCUGUGUAACAAGUAUGUUCAACAUACUCAAGUUAUGCAGUCAAGGUGGGACUUGGGAUGAAGCGGAAGCUGCUCUUUUUAUAAUUUCAACAGUUAUUAGCAAUAUCAUCCCAGAGGAGAACAAUGUACUCCCCGAACUUGUGCAAGCCAUAAUAAUGCUUCCUCUCACCUCGCAUCCGGCGCUGCUGCUUACAUCAAUCGAUCUUUUGGGAAGUGCAAGCGAGUGGUUGAGCAAAAAUACCGCUUUUCUAGGGAAAGUCGUAGAGUGGUUGCUUCAACUUGCUGUAACCCCAGUGUUUGCCGCUCCAGCUGCUGAUGCCAUUGAGAAGAUUGCUAUUCGUUCGUCAGCGGAAUUGAUCCAUCUCAUCCCUUUGCUCAUACAACUCAUACCUCAUCUUGAGUCGUCUCAGAGUCAUGGAAAAAAGAUGGAGACAGCAAUUUCCAGUUGCCUCAAAGCGUGUACAAUGCUUGUGAUGAAUUUGAAUGCCGACGAAAUCCGCCAGCGUCUUGCUGAAUUAUGUCAACCUAUAAUCGAACGACUACAAAUGGUUUUGACAGCUACACCUGUAGUUGUGACAAACAAUGAGAAUGAAAAAGCGGCCGACUCAUGGGCGCGAAUUGCUAGUGAGCCUGUGCUGUGGAUUGAUCGUAUCGCUACAAUAUUUCGAGAAGUUCGACCUUGGAAUGGAGGAAAUCUGCGAACAGCUAAUAGCGCCGCUUCUGCUGAUGCUGCACCUUGGUUGGAUAUUGCCACUGCAUUAUACAAAGUACUCUCUGAGGCUCUAAAGCGUUAUGAAAGUACGUCGAGAGUGGUGGAACAUUGUUGCCGCUCGAUAAGAUUCAUUGUGAGGUCGCUUGGUGUACAGUCGAUUGGUUUUGUUGAACCACUGAUUACGCAAAUGAUGGACAUUUUUUCUCGACAGCAGCAUUCCUGCUUUUUAUACUUAUCAUCUAUACUGGUGGAUGAAUAUGGCGGAAUGGAAUCCUUGCAACCGGGUUUGAUGAUAAUGCUUGAGACAUUGGCUCACGGAACGUUUACUGUCUUAACUUUGGAAAACGGACCCCGUGAUCAUCCGGACACUGUGGACGAUCUAUUCAGGCUUGCUCAAAGAUUCGUGACGCGUGCUCCUUCAGCAUUUUUCGUUCAUCCAGUUGCUGCGGCUCUCUUCGAAUGCGCAAUGGUGUGCCUUUCAUUAGAUCACCAGGAAGCCAAUAGAUCAGUGACUCGAUUCUUUACGUCGAUUAUUGAACAGUUAUUGUCUGCUAGAAAGGUAAAUAGCAGCUUGAUCGAAACAGCCGGUUUCCGUGACCCAGGUGUGAUAGCAGCCGAGGAACUUGUCAUUGUACACGGAGCGAAAUUGAUUGAGCUGUGCCUUCAUGCUGCUAUAUUUAAGGUAUCUGGGUCGCUAAGACGAGACCUUGCGGAAAUUGUUUACAUGCUCAGCAAGAUUGAUAGAGGAAAGCAUAAAGAAUGGCUGAUCACCGGAACUUCUCGUCUUCCACGUGGGCCGUUAGCAGCAACUGAUGAGCAACUGGAGCAGUUCGUUGACAACAUUACGGCUGAUCCUGAGCGCGUAUCGAUGAGAGACGUGUACACGCAAAUCCGUGACUUGAUAAAACUGUACGAGUAA